CUGCUUUCAGUUGUCCUCGCCACGUCCUCGGUCAUUCUAUCAUUUCAAAGUAACCCGAUCUGGCUCGUCGCUAUGGCAAUGCCCGUUCAGUCUUCGCCUUAUUCCGGAAAUGUUAUUACGACGGAACUCAUCCAAAAGUAUUUGGACGAAAAUAAGCAGCUGAUUCUUGCGAUCCUCGACAAUCAGAACUUGGGCAAACUCAAUGAAUGCGCACAGUAUCAGGCUAGGCUCCAGCAAAAUCUGAUGUAUCUUGCUGCGAUUGCGGAUGCUCAGCCUCAAGUGCCUCCACCGCAGGCUCCAACGGUUCAGCCAGGUCAGACGUACACACAGCCUUCAGCUACACCGCAGCCUGUCCAAGCAGCUCAAGCCCCAGGCCAGCAGGUCCAGUACGCUCAGCCACCUCAGCAAGUGCAGUAUCAGCCAGCACAGCAGCAGCCUCCCGCCCCUGCACAACAGCAGCAGCCUCAGCAGCAACAGCAAGCCGCGCCGCCGCAGCAGUACCAGCAGCCGCCACAGGCAGCACCACAACCGCAGCAGCAGCAACAGCAGCAACCGCAGCAGCAGCAGUAUCAGCAAGCACCACAGCAGCCUCAGCAGGCCGUUUCUGCGCAGCAGCAGGCGCAGCAGCAAUAUCAGCAGCCACCACAGCAACAGUUUCAGCAGCAGGCUCAGCCACAGCAGUACCAGCAGACCACACAACAGUACCAGCAACCCGCGCAGCAGUACCCAGUUCAGCAGCAGCAACCACAGCAGGUACAGCCACAGCAGCAGGCGCUGCAACCCCAGCAGCAGCCUGCGUAUCAGCAGCAGCCACAGCAGCAGCAGAUGCAGCCAAUGCAGCCCGUUCAGGCAGCUCAGCCUGUUCAGACGCAGCAGCAGCCCUUGCAGAUGGUCUCACAGGCAGUCUCUGCACCCCAGGACCAACAGCAGGGGUACCAGCAGGGCCAGCAGAUGAUGCAGCAGCAGAUGGCUCCAGCUGCGCCUCAGCCGGUCGCGGCCGGUACCGGUGCUGGCAACGAAGUUUCUGCAGGUGGGAAUGGCGCUCCUGUUGGCAGCUUUGGUGACUAUGGGCAGGCACCCGUUGCUCAGCCACAGGCUCCGGCAGCACAACCAGCAGAUACUAAUAUGGCUAUGCAAAGUACAGGUCCAUGAAUCAGCAGUGAUCUUGAGGUGUGAUGUUGCAACAAUACUGUUGUGCCUGAUUGUGUCUGGCCUUGACAAUCCUAAUAACUCUUAAUGCCUCCUUUAAGCCUGUGGCUAGAAAAG